ACUCGACGACCGCCAGAGUCCAAAUGACAUCUCGCCCGCCCACCACUCGCCGCACGCGUCGACUCAUCUGCUUACUCGCACACUGUCUUGCCCAUUCGCUUACACUCGCUCGUCCGCCCGUCUCCGCGCCAUCCGCGUGGUUACUGUAUCUGCCCACUCACUGGACCGUCGUCUUCAACUCGCGGCUCACCACAACUGCUACUACCAACUACCAUGGCCGACCCCCACGCGUCAAAGCUCCCGCGCCAUCUCCUGGUCAUACAGAAACGAACGCGGAAGGGGGAGAUAGAGGGUGGGUGGACAUGAAGCUUGAAGGGCAACUCGGGAAAUUACAGCGAGCGCAAAGGCUCGAAACCAAAGGUGCGCCCCCGUUCGAUGUACCUUC